CGACAGUUCAUUACGGUUUUCAAGGAUAAGCGAUACCUACGUGCUCGCCGGAUAGAGCGCAUGUGAAUAUAACGCACCAAAUGUGUACACAAAUGUGUUAAUAAUAAAAUCAAGUAUAAACUUCUGUAUGCCUGGAUAAAGUAAUAUUUUUUUGUGCAUUUUUUUUGUUGUUGUUGUUGCUAACUCAAUGUGCCAGUGUAUUUUUUUUGUACAAAUGUGACUUGUGCCAACAGAGCAAGGGAUUUACUAAUCGCCGCAAUUCCAAUCAGGUAUCUUGAAUGGUAGACAACACAACACAUCGCUGCACAUGUAAUUUAAAUGGUAAAGAAAAGAGGGAAAUAUACGCUGAGCCAUCGACAAGAUUCAGUGCCAGAAAGCAGCUGAGUUUUCUCGGAACUAAGAUGAAGGUUACUGAUUUCUCUCGAGCACAUUCCGUAAGUCACGUCGCCCCGUGCAAAGGAUGAGGCUUCCGAAAGGAUAUAGGACACUAUCACCAGCAUCGAACGCUGCCCAGACGCUACCACUCUCCUACAAUUCACAAACCAGUCUGAGCCUUCUUCGGCUGCUCACAAUUGCUCUGGUGAUUGGAUCGCAAGUUCAAGUUCUAUACACGACAUCCGUCGAAACAAAAUCCCCCUCCGCAAGUGAACAAUCCAGAAACGGCGAGAAUCGUUCAUUACUUUUUGAUGACUAUAAUAAAACUAAAUCGACAUUAUCAACUGCUGAUUACCUGUCAGCCACAAGGGCAACCCUUUACGCGUUUUCAUCGCAGGAUCAGGACGAGGACCAUUCCCAAAUGCCAAUCGAGGCGUCUAACGCUCCGCACAGCCCCAUUCCCACGAAAAUGAGUCGGGGUAAAAUACCCAUGGAGACACCGGGCAGCAUGGAGUUUAGCAGCAAUAGCCUUCCAAUCAAAAAUGUAGGGACAACUGAUCAGCUGACGACUGUGACCAUGCCCACCACAGCAUUCGCAUCCCUAAAAGUCGACAGAAGUACCAUGAAACAGCCAAUUGAUUCCACACGCACGAGGAAUCAUUGGACAGCAAGUGGAUUCGCACGUGUCACAGAACGACCACGUAGCAAGCACCACCACGAGCACCACUGGGGACCCUUUUUUGAGGAGCCCAUCAACUCGGCAACCUCGGGUGACAACCUCGUUUCCGCCGUACAUUUGUUUACGGAAGCGGUGCUCAAUUGCCGUGUCGGUAUGCUCAAGGAUAAAACUGUCAUGUGGGUCAGGCGAACGGCAGAGAAGGUAUCGCUCCUGACCGUUGGCAACGUGACCUACAGUGGAGACCCGAGAAUUCGGGUGAAGUUCCAGUACCCGAACAAUUGGCGAUUACUUAUCAAUCCCACGCAGACUGAAGAUGCCGGAGUUUACAUGUGCCAGGUUUCCACCCAUCCCCCCCGGGUAUUCACCACAAAUCUCACUGUCUUGGAACCCCCCCUGAGGAUAAUCGAUGAGCACGAGAGGGACGUGGGGGAUCGUUAUUAUAAGUCUGGAAGCACCGUCGAUCUACAAUGCCAAAUAUCGCGUAGCUUUUUCCAAAAAGAACGUCAGACCAUUCUAAAAUCAACCGAUUCUGCAAACGAUGCUGUACAGAAACUAAUCAAUGAGACGACUAGUGAGCUUAAUCUAAUUGGCAACGUAAAUCAGACGCAACACAAGUUCUCUGGCCAGGAUCUGGAGAAAUACUUCACCAAGUUUAUAACCUGGGCAAAGGACGAAGAACCACUGCAAGGAAUGACCAAUAGGCGCUUAAGCGUUUCCGAUGUUUGGCUAACCAGUCGUAUCUCCAUUGGAGAUGCCAAACUAUCCGAUAGUGGCAACUAUUCCUGUUCCCUUGGCAGACUGUUCACCGUAAUUGUCCAAGUUCAAGUGCUCACAGGCGAACUACCCGCAGCUGUUCAGCACAAUAUUGGUUCAAGAACCGAAAUCUAUUCCCUUGCGAUGUUGGGUCAUCUCCUUGUACUCAUUUUCCUCUUCACUUGCCUGAAAACCGAAAAUCGACAUUUCUGAGGCUUUAAUCUGAGAAGGGACUGCGGAAAACCCCAUAGCCAUUCGAUUUUCACAAACAAUUAACCAAUAAUAUUAGGUAUAAACGAGAUUGGCUGGUUCUAAACAACGGUUUUAGUUUUAAAGUUGAGAAUCAGAAGGUGAUUUCAUUACAUAUUUUUGUUAUAGUGCCUACGGUGUAUAAGACUUUAAAUUUGUUUGGACAAAUAUUCUUAAAAAUUUGUUUAGAAUUGAAUUAAUUAGGCAAAAAGAUGACAUAAUAACAAUUCCAGAUUCCUAAGAGCCAAAAACCCAAUGGUUUAAAAAAAAAAGUUUCUCGAACUUUUUUUCUAGUUAAUUUAGUGAUGAUGUUGAAAUAUCGCACACAUGUUAUAUGAUGCCUCUUAAAGAGUUAAGAAACUGGCGGGGAUAGCAAAAUAUUUCGUUUAAUUUUCUGUGACUUUUAAAAGUUCAUAGAAUAUGUGCAUUAAUUAAGUUUGAGCAACUAAGCAGGCAAAUCAAAUGUAUCAUACGUUAUUAUUAUGUUAUACCACUAAUUCACAGGAUAACAAGUUUUUUCAAGAAAACAACGAUCUGAUUAAAACUUUAUGCGGUAUACUACUUUUUCAUCACC